GCUAUCUCGCGGAGGACAGCGCCGCUUGCGGCAUUAGCGGAACUACUUUGGACGCCACAUUUUUAACCAAGAAUGGCGUUCUAUCGUUAGCUGAAUUCAUUGUCGUUGUUUUUACCAACCUGCAUUUCAAGCAUGGCAUAACCUUUUAUUCCGUUAUUGUAACCAAAUUGUUUUCAAAGUUCAUGAUUCAUGACAUCUUCAUUAGAAAAAGGAAAUGUUGUGAACCUCCAAAGUGUCUAUGUGAACUUGUAACGCAUUCGUGUCCCCCUUUGAAUGUGACAAAAGUUAAUGAUCAGUUCACAAAAGUUCAUUAUCACGUACUUAAAUGGAUGUUUUGGGAGAUCACUUCAUUUCUUUAAAGGGCAGUCCGGGGAUGAGCAGAAAGGAGAGAGAAGAAAUUGUUAUAAAAGAUGACGAUGAUUUUGAAACAGAAGAUACUACUUCGGAUGAAAACUUGCAGUAUCGAUUUGUUGAAACUAUUCAAAAUGAAGAUAAUGUAGCAUAUCGAGUGGUGGUCAAUGGGUGUCAAUCAGAUAAUGUGAAUCUCUCAUUGGAUCAAUCUGUAAAUAGUCCAGUUCAAUUAGUAGCUUCUCCUCAUAGUGGUCAGAUUUAUGUCAUUAGUAACAGUAACGACGUACUUGCAACACAGACAUCCAAAUCCCUUAAUCCACGGGUUGCUACAUUGCGGAUUGAGAAUCAACGUGAAAUGACCACAGGUACCAAGAAAAGAGAUGAAAGACGAAGGGCUACUCACAACGAGGUUGAGCGCCGAAGAAGGGACAAGAUUAAUAAUUGGAUUUCUAAAUUAGAAAAAUUAUUGCCUGAAUACAGUCAUAAUCUUAAUGGAGAAAAUGACGGCAAGUCGGUCUUUGAGUCACAGAGUAAGGGAGGCAUUUUGGCACGAGCAUGCGAAUACAUUUUAGAACUACGAGAAGCUAAUGAAAACCUCGGACAUGGUCUCAAAGAGAAUGAGCUACUGAUACAAGAAACUAAAUCACUCAGACAACUUGUGCAUCAGUUAAGGAAAGAAAACUCCCAAUUAAAAGCACAACUUCUACCGAAUAAUAAUUCUGUCGUCAGGUCAUAACCCCCACCUGGGGAGCUUAUUGGUAUUAUACAUAUGGUACACAGCAAAGUAUGUUAAUGUUGAACAUUUUCAUAAACUUAUAUUUCAUCAUUUUUCACUGUCUAAAAAAAAUAAAAUCACAUCUCUUUACAAAUUCUUGAUUAGCGUAGGUGGCCCAACUAUAGAUUGGUCCACAAGUAAACAAUUAGAAUUAUAGUUAUAGCUGCACAGUGAGUAAAGAUAUGUAUGUACAAGAAUAAUAUCUCUAUACAAAGGUGAAUUGGGGAAAACCAAGCGAUUAUUUUUUUCUAACAAGUUAUAUUGUGAUACAUAGGCAUAAUAAUGUCAAGCCUGUUUUACAUAACUUCAAUUAUCCUGUUCAAUGGUAUAAAAUUAACAAUAUAUUGUUCACUGGUCUAAGCAUGUACAUAAUGAAAUGAUGGUCCAAUAAAAAUAUAUAGUUAAAAA